UUGAAAACUGCUUUCCAUUCGUGAAGAGUCAUACUCUUUUGGGCAAUCAAGUAGCUCCACGACUGAAAACUGUGAAAACAAUAAAAUUCUCCUCUGAUCACUGUAUAGAACCUUGCAGUGUUAUUUGUUUGCAAUGGCAUCCGUAGUUUUAAAGGUCCUAGGAUUGACGCUGGGUCUGUUUUUCAUUUUUGUUGGGACAAUAAAAUUGACGCCUUCCGUCAAUGGGGAGAUCUACAAAGAAAUGAGGAAAACAUACAUUCGCAAUUCCAAAGUUUUCCCUCUUGUAAAGCAGACGGGCUGGAAACCAAAUCCUCACACGUACCGGAAAACAGUGGGCUCCACUGAAGUCAUUUGUGGAGCAUUUUUAGCUUUCCUUCCAGGACCCCUUAAGGAAGCUGCUAAUAUAUUCCUUCUUUUGAUCACGCUGAACGACAUCUACGCUCAUUAUGCUUUGGACGAAGGCCUGGACAAGAUGAGUCCGGCCAUUGUCUUUUCACUACUACUCACCUGCCGGUUGGUCAUCUUCCUACAGUCUCUUGCUGCGGAGCCAAAGUCUGUCUUUGAGAAGAGCCAGCUGGACUCAUCUGUGGCGCCACCUACCAACAGGGGGGAUGUCAGACUGGAUGAUAAAAAAGAUCAAUGAUCUUGGUGUUGUCUGAGUGAUGCGAUGUGCUUAGUGUUGUCUGACAGUGCAAACAGUCGAGUCUGCUUAUUGUAAAUUUGCUUUAAAGACAAUGUCUGCUGUGCUUGUUACACUGUUUUUUCAGGUUUCUUAUGACUCACCUUUUACCAAGGCAUUCUCCCUUCACUGCAGAAAGUGUUCCUUCAUAAGGUCUUUCUGAAUUUUCUUGUCCGUUGCUUUCCUUGAUGAUAGGUCUCCUUCUUUCUGUGUGAUAUUUUCACACUGUUGUUGUUUGUCUUCCUCUUGUGUCACAUAGAUGUAGCUAAGAUUGCUUAAGAUAAAUAUACAAAAUGCAGGGAAAGUUUACGAUGAGUUGACUCGACUCUUUGUUCUAAGAUGGUUGUUCUGUGGUGAUGUUGUGUAGAGUACUUUUUGAAAGAGUUUCGAAGCACUUGUGGGAGAGUGUGCUGGUAUUUUGUGGGUGUAAGUUUUUAAUAUAAGGAGAAGUGUGAUGUGUUCAGAAUUAUUUUGUAGUUGUGAUAUUACUGAGUACUGGGAAAUUAGGUUGGAGAAGCAUUUUGUUCAUCAGAGGGUUUGACUGUUUGAAAAUGUAGGAAAACACAAAUAAAUAUAAUGUGUUUAUUAUGUAAUGUUGCUUUUUCAGUAUACUGAGUAUCAGACUAACUACCUGUACCGGUAGUAUUUUUCUAGAUUGACAAUGCAGUGGCUCUGAUAAUAUAUCUAUGCUUUUUGAGUGUAAACGUUUUGCUGUUUUGAGUGAUUUGAUAUCUGUCAUUACUAGAGUAUACUAGCACUCAUGCAAGCGUGGUUGAUUAAAGUCAGUGUUUUGUUGUAUAGAGGGUCCUUGAACCAGGGAUUCACGGAUUGCUAAACAUUGACUUUUUGAAGCAUCAGAUGCAGUUGUUUUGGCAACUUGCUAUUGAUUCAUUGAGCAAGAGACUUGUUUUGUUACUUUGUACUUCAUUGUAAAUUUUUACCUCCAUAGCUUUAAAGAAGGCCAUAUGUUUUGUUUAAAGAAAAGCUGUAUUUCCACAACUGCUCAAACUUUGUUGGAAUUGCAGAUAUAUUACCCUUAGAAAUUCAGUAAAGAUAAGGACACCCAAAAUUUGUUACCAUAUUUUAAAAGCUUAAUUGUUUUCUCUUUCGAUGUUUCUCAGAAUAUGUACUGCAGUCUGUGGAAUGGUUUGAUUACUCACUUCAUGAUCUGACCGGCUUCGUCAUUGCAAAGUAAAAUUAAAAUGAUAAGAUCACUUCACUAAAACAGGUUUUUGCUUUCAAUGGAUUGUUGACAUGGGUACCCAUGCAGCAUCUACGUCAUACACUUAUACACUCUUCUGUCUGAUCCCUUAAUUUAAUUAUGUUGAAGAAAGUGUUAAAACUCUUGUAAUUUUUUUAGAGUCAAUCCUUUGCUAACUUACUGUCUCCAAGAAGCUUACUUUCUCCAAAACAUAUCAUUUAUGUAUGUUCAAUAUAUGUGUCACAAUGUGGUAGAAUCAGGCACUCUUCAAUUUUUGAACAUAUAGAGUUUUUGGUUUCAUUUUAUUGUUUGUCCACUUGUUUUGAUUUUGGUGGAAAAAAAAUACCCAUCUAUCUUGAAUAGAAGUCUAGAGAUAGUUGGUGUUUAAGUUAUUUAACUACCUGGAUCUUUACCUUUAGCUGUUAGUGGUAAAACAGAAAGGCAUAUUUUUCUAAACAGCAUUUUGUGCAUAUUUUAUUUGGUACGCUCUGUAAGGGUUCUAACUUAUUUUUUUAAAAACAGAUUAAGUGAUACUGGGUAUUUUAAACUGACUUUCUUGAAGCUUGAAAGGACCGAUAAUAAUUAUUGAGGAUUUGUUUAUGGGUCAGACGGAUGAAUUUUUUAUUGGGACAUAUUCAUACUCUUGCAUCUGACUUCACGACUUGUAAAGAUUGUUUUGUAGCUAUGUGUAACUUACUUAUGCAAUUGAAGUACAUUGGGUGAUGUAGUUUCAUGUUCCUAGUAUUUGAUGUUGCUGCAAGAAUGUUUGAGAAAAGCAGAUGCUAAUGUCUGAGAUAAUGAACGCAUAAAUUUUGGAAUCUCAUUUCGAAAAAUAUUUCGAACUGUGCAUGUAAGUUUUAUAUUGCUUGAAGGUGUGUCAAUGUUCUAAAAGUAAAAGGUGUGUUGAAAAAAUGCUUGAUUAUUUGUGUGUAAGUGGUAUAAAUGUAACUUUUUGGUAUUCAAAUAAUCUUGAAUGUGAGUGAAUGGAGAAAACUAUAUUUGUAGAAAUUUUGCUGUCUGCAUUAACGUGUAAGUAUAUGUUAUAAUAAUGCUUGGUUGAAAUACGAGAGAAAUUGUUUGUUUGUUUUUCUUUUAAAAGAUGUUUUAAGUAAUUUGUUAGAUAAGUGUGCUUUUAUUUUUACAUACUCUACUUGGUCUGACAGGUUGUGCAUUUUGCAUGUUUCUUUGUUUAAGUUUAAGUCACAGUCCGUUCUUAUUUCUUUUCAGAAGAGAUGGGAAGUAUCUUUGGUUGUUUAGUUUUUUUAAAUAUAGUAGUUAUGCUUAUAUCCCUUUAUUCGUAGCAGAGAGGGGGAUGGGGUGUAAAUGCAUUUUGAGUGAACAGUUUUAUUUUAUAGAGCUUUCAUCAUCAAGAUACGUUGGAAUCCACCAGUAAUGAUGGCCAUCUUUAAAGGUGAAAUGUGGUCUCUGUGCGAAGUUCAUGUUUCUGAAAAGCUGCCCUUACCAUGGUUUUAAUACUUUAUUUAGAGAUAAUGCAAGAAGUUUGGUCCUUGGAAGUUUACUGAAGCAGACCCAAGCAGUCCAGCAGAAGUGGAUAAUUAAUGAGAGAUAGAGAAAUGUUGAGCACUUUGGCUCAGACUGAAAAGCUGAGUUUAUGUAGUUAUUAGCCAAUUAGGUCUAGGCCCUACACUUAGCUGAGGUCUUGAUAAAGCUGUACUAUAUUUAUAUACUUCCUUGGGAUUUUUAAAAUGUCAUUCAACUACUGGUAUUUUUUUUAUAUGUACACUUAACUAUACCCAGACUACCGGUAGUAGUUUAUAAUAAUGGACUUCACCUCAUUCAUUCAGACAAACAUUGUUAUAACUGGGAAAUUUGUUGUUAUUCAAGACAUGCAGACCCCUGUAAAGUGUCCUGUGAUGAGAACCACGAAUAGCAUGAUAUCUCUAAGUACUAGCAAAAACGAAAAAAUGACCCUUGUCCUGUGUUUCCACCCAUAUAGUUCUGGUUUUUAUUAGUUUCGAGUCUUUUAAGGUUGUAAUACAUCAUGUAUAAGACCGCAAGUCAACCAAAUUUUAGGCGUAUUGAUGGUCUGCCUUUGUUUUUAUGACUACAAUAGGAAAGUCUUUGUGGAAACAAAUCUCAUAUACGCUUUAGUGUCAGGCUUGGUAAAGCUCAAUUACCUGCUUGAUAUUUCCAGAAGACUGUAUCAUUGUCAUGCAUGUUUUUCACCUGUUUUGUACCAAAAGUUAUAAUGAGUUAUGGUAACACAUGUUUCGGGGACAAAAGUACACAGAAUAGUGGAUACAGUGAAAGUUGUCUAAAGGAAAAAUUUUUUGUUUCAGUAAGUGUAGGAAAGAAUGGAGGGUGGGGGAGGAGGAUUGUAAAAGAUGGGAGUAAGUGUCAAUUAGUUCAUAAACCAGCUGUUACAUCAACGAUUCUGGCUGGACAGAAAAAUCAUUUGUUUGAAAAUUUACCAAACCAAUCUCCGUAAAAUUCCUGUGGUUUCAAUCCAUCUUCGAAGUGACCACAUGUUAUUUAUUUAUGGCUUCCAACUCAUUCCCAACCAAUGCAACUCCCAUCUUCAUACAGUAACAAUCUUUGUGUUUUCCUGUAUUCCUUCCCUGUCUUGCUUGGUAUUCAUUGUUGCCAAAAUAUGAGUCAUAGCUUGCUGGUCUGAGAGAGGUUUCAAUCAGUCUAAAAGGGUGGAAUAUCUGGCACUUUUUUGUUUACCAACUUGCUUCAUUAAUUUUUCUUAGACAGCUGUGUAGUGGGUGGGAUUAUUUUUUCUGUUUUUAAAGUAAAAUGGUAGAGUAUUGUGGGAUUUUUCUUUCUCCUCAUUCUCUACAGUGGUAGAUAUUUUUGUUCUCUUUCUGUGACUUCUACAACAAACAAAAUUUAUGGUUUUGUUCAUAGGUGUCAAACUCGAUUGCUCAAGGGGGAGGGGGGGGGGGGUGUAAAAGUGCCACUUAAAAAGUAAAAGUUGCGGGCCAGACUGUAUAAACAUUAAUUGAGCAGUGAUCUGAAUCACAACAGGCAAAACUCACAGACAAUAAUAACAAAUCAAGUUGACUAAUUUUCAUUCUUAAACUAAUUGCCAAUUUGACAAAGCUGGAUGUUUGACACUUUUUUCUUGCUAAUAAUUCCAUUUAUAUAUUUAGAGUUAGAGUGAGGUUCUGUGUUAUUAGUAUUAGUUCUGGAGAUUCGCAGGAUGAACUACCGUACCUAAAAUUAUCUCUUAGUCAGGCUGGAUAAUAUAAUUAUUGUUCUUGAGGCCGGAUGCGAACCACAGGCCUUGAGUUUGACACCUUUGGUUUAGUAAAAAAAAAAAAAGAAAAAAAAAGCUACAACAUCCGUAAAGACAAUGCAACAUGAAAAAGUGGAAGGAAUUAUGUAAUUUUAAUGCACAUGAAUAAACAUAUAUAUACAUGUAUACAUGGAAUUACUGAAGUAUGAUGUAAAAACUACAUUCAUUUAAUAUCCAAAUCCAAAUUUUUAUUGGAAAGAGACAUUUUUUAAAAUGGUUGUUCAUAAACUUCAAUUAAAAAGCAUAGCUUGACUUUUUUGAACUGUCAUUUCCCUGCUUGCUGUCUGUUUGUGGUUGUCAAAAGGCUUCCUCUUCGGUGGACUUGUGACAUGGAAUAAAAAAAAUGAGCUGGAAAAUUGCCCCUGUAAAAGUUUUUAAAAUUAAGUCUGUUGUGAGCAGGUAAGGCCGUGAGUGUACACAUGUAUAGCAACUCUAUUAUUAGUUUCUGUUGUUUCUUUUCUCCAGGUACAUUGUCAUUACAGUAUUUCGUAUAGUUUGCAGCUUUAAGUUAAGAAUUUGGUGUUGUUUAUGCUUACUUUUGUUCCUGGCUUCGCCAGCUGUUUAUUUUUAUGUUCUUCCUUUUACUUUUAGCCUUGUUUGCUAAAAAAACAAACAGAUAAUAAGCAGCCUCAAAAAUAAAGUUUGUAUCAUUUCCUUAA